UGCGUAAUAUAGCCUUAUUGAAAAAGUUUGAAUGCCUGCCACGAGGAAUGAAAGAAGCAAAGAAAAACAAAUUAAAAUAUUAACCUCGAAAAAUGGCUGUAUGGGCUUGGAUACCUUUGCCUUUCCAUAUGGAUAAAUUAAAUUUAAAAAAAAAUAACCUCAAAAACAUAUCGGUAUCAAACAAAACAAAGCGAGAUUAUUAGAUUCGUUUGGAUUUUGUUCAUUUCAUAUGGUUAUUUCUUAACCUAUUUUAUUACGUUAUGUUACUAGUACAGUGUAUUGUUUAAUUAGUCUUAGUAAGUAUAGUAUUUAUUUCGCUUUUUCACCGAAAUUGAUGUGAAGAAGUAAAACGCUUAGAUUAUAAGAAUUCUAAAUUCUGGUAAAACGUCGUAGUCAGUGUUUUGUAUCAGUUAUCAGAAUGUUCAACCAGCUGUCGAACACGACGAGCAACCCCAACAACGACCUGGAGGUGGUGUCUCCGCCGGACGACACAGUCUCGGCGCUGGAGUUCUCCCCGGCUUCCGUGCCGCAGACGUUCCUCAUCGCAGGCAGCUGGGAUUGCCGGGCACGAUGUUGGGAGGUAGAGCAGUCGGGCAAGACAGUGCCAAAGGCAGCACAGGGCAUGGACGGGCCCAUACUGGAUGUUGCUUGGCAUGAUGAUGGCACAAAAGUAUUCAUGGCAUCCACAGACAAGAGCGUCAAGUGUUGGGAUCUAGCCGCCAACCAAACCAUGCAGGUGGCGGCGCACGAUGCUCCCGUGAAGACCUGCCACUGGAUCAAGGCCCCCAACUACUCCUGUCUCAUGACCGCCUCCUGGGACAAGACUCUCAAGUUUUGGGACACUCGCAGCAACGUGCCCAUGAUGACCAUGAACCUGUCAGAGAGGUGCUACUGUGCGGAUGUUGACUACCCGAUGGCGGUGGUGAGCACGGCGGACCGCGGCAUCUGCCUCUACACGCUGGAGAACAAGCCCGCGGAGUUCAAGCGCGUGGAGGCUCCGCUCAAACACCAGCACCGCUGCAUCGCCAUCUUCAAGGACAAGAAGACGAAGCAGCCGACUGGGUUCGCGCUGGGCUCCGUGGAGGGCCGCGUAGCCAUCCAGUACGUCAACCCGGUCAACCCCAAGGACAACUUCACCUUCAAGUGCCAUCGCUCGCAGGGCACCACCACCGGCUACCAGGACAUCUACGCAGUGAACGACAUCGCGUUCCACCCCGCGCACGGCACGCUGGCCACCGUGGGGUCGGACGGCUCGUUCUCGUUCUGGGACAAGGACGCGCGCACCAAGCUCAAGAGCUCCGAGCUGCUGGACCAGCCGCUCACCAAGUGCGCCUUCAACCACAGUGGCCAGAUCUUCGCCUACUCCGUGGGCUACGACUGGUCCAAGGGUCAUGAGCAUUUCAACCCGGCAAAGAAGAACUACAUCUUCAUCCGGCCGUGCUUCGAGGACCUCAAGCCACGCUCCACAUAACUACUGUUCUAAUUUACUAGCUUUGCUUGUUUAAAGUGCUUCUUGGUGACAAAAGACUCUUAAUCUACUUCAAAUAAUCCUUACUUUAAGAUAACAGUUUUUCCUAAUUUUUAACCAUGUCCAUAAUGUGAAAGUUUAGUCCCAUACCUGCAUUGAAUUGAAUUUUGAUAUUCACCAUUGAUAAAAAAUCCAUUUAAAUGUUAACUAAAUUAGUCUAACGAGUGUUUGUUAUUUUUUUAUUAUGAAUGAAUGUAGUUUCUGGAUGGACUUCAAAUGUAAAUAAGUGAAGUGUUGGCAUUAAUCUAAUAUUGAAUGUUAGUAAAAUAUCAAAAAAACAUUGUCUAAAUUUU